ACCAGGGACGUAAUUGCACAAUUAGCCAAGCUCGGAUUUAAAGCAUUUUACACGGAUAUACGACAGGAUAUGCUUGCAAAAAACGGUAUACUUAAAACAACUACGUGUAGUUCGUGUAUUGAUCCCUCCAAACAGUGCCGCCUGUGUUCAGAAAUAGGUAAUCGCAUUUGGGUCUACCAUCGUUUUAAUAAGACACAUUUAAAAGGCCCAUCAUGGAGCAAUACGGACAUUACAAAAUGGUGCAGUGAUUCAUGGGAGUUAGCGAAGUGUUACAUGCCUCCCACGGGUUACAAGAAUAAACCAAGUGCUGACAAAACAGAUUUUAACGGGAUAAUUGGUGCUUUAAUCAACUGUACCUGGAUGCAGAAUUACUUUACAGAUGAUCUUAGCCAGAAUACUAAUAUCUGCGUGAAGGCGCGAGAAGAAGUUAACGCACUACGGCACAUACAUGACACAAACAUAGAUGAAGGGGAAAUGAUCAGCCUCUUCGAUUGUCUUUUCAAUCUCCUUAAUGAUCCCGCAUACCUGAACAGCUUUAAACCAGCAGUGGAAGCAAGAACAUACCUUACUCAGCUUCAGAACGAUAAACUGCUAUUGUCCGACACGUUGACAAAAUGCUACGAAGACCUUAAGGAAGAGUUUCGCAGAGAUUUAAUACGAUUCUAUACAACGACGAAAAAUACUGUGUCUGUUUCACCAAUACGUCAGGGUCAUGACAAACCUAUCUGGGAUAUCUUUGUGUCACCGAAAUUAAGCCACAUAAAACUACAAAAAAAUGGUUCUCGAAAGAAAACGGAAAACGCAAUAAAACAAUACAGAAACAUAUUUUUUAAAGAUGAAAAGCUGUGUAGUUGUGUGUUUAUUCAAGGAGAGCCCGGUAUAGGGAAAACAACGUUCCUUACUAAACUUGCUCUUGAAUGGUGUGAUGCAGUUUCUGAACACAAUUCUAUUCACAAUGCUUCAUUUAGUGAUAUCGACACACUGAAUGGGUUCGAGUUUCUCUUUCACAUAUCACUGAGAGAUGCAUAUGUCCAACGUGAGGUGGUAGAGAUGAUUAAAACACAAAUUAUCGACACCAUUUACACUGGUGAUAAACGCGAAGUUGUCUUUCAGCUUGUACACAAACUCCUGGCACGGGAGACUUGCCUCGUAUCUAUGGAUGGGUUGAACGAGUGGGUUGAUCCUUUUCAUAAAUAUGUUUCACCGUUAAUGGCAAGCUGUUUUACAAAGUGCGUUUCAUUAAUUACUACACGACCAUGGAAAAUGGCGGAUGAGCGAAUCAAGGACUCUGAAAUUGAAAGACUUAUCGAAAUUGAAGGGAUAACUGAUCCAAGAGAGCUAACGGAGAACAUACUCAUCAGUUUUAACUCUGUCAAUCAAAAGUCACAGACUGAGUUCAUGGAAUACGUAAAUGAACGUCAAUUUAUGCAGCUUCUUAUUUCACCAUGGUUGCAGACACUGUUAAUAAGCUUGUGGAUGAACAAUAACGAUUUUAAAGGUUCACUGUGUGAAAUAAAUUGUAUUCUACUUGACCUUAGUUUUAAAAAAGGGAAUGCAAAAGAAGGAUAUUUCAGAAAAGGAACUUGCUUUCCGUGCUUAUCGAACACAAGCUUUAUUGAACCGCAUUGUGAGAUUUUAGACGCGCUUGCUAAUGCUGCAUUUCAUUUCACGUUUUCUUCACAAAAAUCCCUUGUGUUUUCCAAACGGGAAUUACUGGAUUUUAUGUCCAAAGAGCAACUACAAUUCUGCCUCGAUGCUGGCCUGUUGACGGUUAUGUUUAAGUCAGAUGUUUUGUUAAAUAGUCCACAAAUGUCAUUUGUACAUGAGACGGUCAAGGAAUUCCUAGCUGCAUAUUAUAUAGCAAUUUCACAGACGGAUGUUAUAGAAAAUUUACUGAGCAAACAUAAAUUGAAUGUGUUAGAAAUGAGCCAGAUAAUUAUAUACAUGUGCGGGCUUGAUUGUAAGAUAGCUAAUGAACUAAUAAACCGUCUGAUUGACGGCGACUUCUUCAAUGACAUGAACCAUGCACUAAGCAGGUAUAUACGACAUUUUCAAAUUGAGAAAUUAGCAGCAUUUAAAACAGAUUAUAAAUCAAUAGAAAACGCUGGAACAUUUUCAUCUGAUGAGAGGGACUACGAUUCGCGUAUUUUAGCUUUAUCAUUCUUAUUCCAGCGCAUGAUGAUUACAGGUUUCAUUGAAGCUAAAGCUAGCGGUCAGAAGGAUAUUAGUUUAAAGUGUAGGGAUUUUACAUUCAAUGAAUAUCUCAGCGAGUCUGAAUCAAACGCAUUACGUUCACUGUUAAUGUUGAACACAUCCAACGUCAGGACACUCAUUUUAGAAAGUAAUAUAUUGCAAAUAAGCAAAAUGCGGACCGUCCUUAAAGAGUCAAUGAAUUGUCUUGAACGUGUAAAGGCCAGAGUGACUCCGGAAAUAUAUACGGCAUUUUAUAAUUUAAACCUGCAAGAGCUGCAUUUUAUCGGAAGAAUCAACGUAUCAUCAAUAUCUGAUGUUCUUACAUCCCUGUCUAAGUUAACGUAUUUAUACAUAGAAGAUUCAACCUGUAACGAACAAAUCACUAUCCCUGCCACUUUAAGGUUUUUAGACUUGACGAAAAUUAGCUUUACUGUCGUGUUUCUUCGAAGGUUACUAGAACAAUUAUCUUUAUUAAAACACAAUUUUUAUUUAGAAAUGUGUGAUGUGAAUGUCACCGAUUUUAAUAAACACAUUCUUCAAUCAGAACUAUUACUUAUUGACAUGUCAAAUAUCACCAUACACGUGAAGCAGGGUAACAAUGACCUAUAUGGUUUGCUGAGUUGUACACCUAUCGAGAACAUGUAUCUUAUGACGUCUGACGAUGCUGCAUUAGCAUCAGAUAUUUUACCCACAUUCAGUAAAUUAAAAACGCUUGAUUUAAAAGGAACUUAUACGAGCUGUUUUGCCAUCCAGCUGCCUGCAUCGUUACAUUGCAUCAGUCUUGUAAGAGGCGAAUGCUCCUCUGAGUGGCUGUGCAGCUUGUUGAUCAAUCUUUUUACAUUAGAUCAGCAUGUAAAGUGUGAGCUGUGGAGCUUUGUAGUGACCUCAAAUGGAGAAGAUUGUGACGCUCAUUCUAUUAAACAUGUAUCUGACAUGCGCUCUAAACUAUUGGAAUGUGAUAUGUCUAAUAUCGAGAUAUUAGUGGACAAUGGGAGCAAGGAAUUGUUUGAAAUAUUUCGAGACACAAGUAUAGAGAUCCUGACCCUGAGAACUGCUGUUUGUACUUCACUUACAACAGACAUUCUGCCCACACUGAGUACAUUAGGAAAGCUUUAUUUAUGGGGAACCUAUACGGGUCGAUGUGAUCUCCAGCUGCCCGUUUCGUUACAAUGUAUCAGUCUUCAGACAGGCGAAUACUCAUCUGAGUGGCUGUGUAGCUUGUUGAUCAAGCUUUGUGCAUUAGAUCAUCAUGUAGAGUGUGAGCUGUGGAACUUUGUAGUACAAUCACGUGGAGAAGUUGUUUGCGCCGAUUCAAAUACACAUGUAUCUGACCUGCGAUCUAAACUAUUGGAAUGCGAUAUGUCUAAUAUUGAGAUAAUAGUAACACAUGGAAGCAAGGAAAUGUUUGAAAUAUUUCGAGACACAAGUAUAGGGAGCCUGUACCUGAGAACGGCUGAUUGUGUUUCACAAAUGUCAGACAUUCUUACCACACUCAGUAAAUUGGAAAAUAUGUACUUAUGGGGAUCUUAUACAGGCCAUUUUGACAUCCAGCUUCCUGCAUCGCUACAUUGUAUCAGUCUUCAGACAGGCGACUGCUCCCCUGAGUGGCUGUGCAGUUUGUUGAUAAAGCUUUCUGCAUUAGAUCAUCCUGUAGAGUGUGACCUGUGGAACUAUGUAGUGCCAUCACGUGGAGAAGAUUGCGGCGCCAAUUCAAAUAUACAUGUGUCUGACCUGCGAUCUAAACUAUUGGAAUGUGAUAUGUCUAAUAUUAAAAUAUUAGUAAACAAUGGCAGCAAGGAACUAUUUGAAAUAUUUCGUGACACAAGUAUAUGGAGCCUGGACCUGACGACGGCUGAUUGUGUUUCACAAAUAUCAGACAUUCUUCCCACACUCAGUAAAUUAGAAAAUAUGAACUUAUGCGGAUUUUAUAGAGGCCAUUUUGACAUCCAGCUUCCUGCAUCGCUACGUUGUAUCAGUCUUCAGACAGGCGCAUGCUCCACUGAGUGGCUGUGCAGCUUGUUGAUCAAGCUGUGUGCAUUCGGUAAUCCUGUAAAGUGCGAGCUGUGGAACUGUGUAGUACAAUCACGUGGAGAAGAUAUAGGGACCGAUUCAAAUAUACUUGUAUCUGACCUGCGAUCUAAACUAUUGGAAUGUGAUAUGUCUAAUAUUGAGAUAUUAGUAAAACAAGGGAUCAAGGAACUGUUUAAACUAUUUCGUGACACAGGCAUACGGAUCCUGGACUUGAGAACGGCUGAUUCUUUUUCACAUUAG